AUGUGGAAACCAGUGUCUUGGAGAUAAAAACAAGAUGCGUACCCAGUACCUCUAAACCCAGCGGCUCCUAUACAAAUCUCUCUUCCCUUCCUCUUAAAUACCCACUUCUCUCUUUUCUUUCUUCCUCCAAUCCCACAAUCUCUCUACCUCUCAAUUUCCUAUUUCCUCAAUUUUUUCCUUCCAAAAUGCGGAUGAGUUGUAAUGGAUGUCGAGUUCUGCGCAAGGGCUGCAGUGAGAAUUGCAGUAUUAGACCUUGCUUGCAGUGGAUCAAGAGCCCUGAGUCCCAAGCCAACGCCACUGUCUUUCUUGCCAAGUUUUAUGGCCGUGCUGGCCUUAUGAACCUCAUCAACGCUGGCCCUGAACACCUUCGUCCUGCGAUUUUCAGGUCUUUGCUUUAUGAGGCUUGUGGAAGGAUAGUGAACCCGAUUUAUGGGUCUGUUGGGUUGUUGUGGUCCGGGAGUUGGCAGCUCUGCCAGGCCGCCGUCGAAGCCGUGCUUAAAGGAACUCCGAUCACUCCGAUCAAUUCUGAAGCAGCAGCCAAUGGUCAUGGACCUCCGUUGAAGGCUUACGAUAUUCGUCACGUGUCCAAGGAUGAAAACUCUGCUGCUUCAAACGAUCCCAACCGAGUCAAGGCUCGUUGCAGGGUUAGGAGAGCUGUGAAGCCUAAAGUUAGCAAUAACAAGCAAAGUGGUGGAGCUGGGUUCGGCUCGGCGGUCGAGCCGGCACGAGAUGAUCUGACUCGGUCGACGAGUCACGAGUCGACGGUGAGUCACCAGUCGGAGUUAGCAAUGGUGGACGGCGAUAGCAAAGAGUCGGAGAGCAUGGUCUCCGUAGAAACGGCUGAGGCUUCGCUGCUUUUCCGAGCUGAGCCGGAGUCAGCCGCGAAGAGCAAUGAAGGAGUCCAGGAUCACGCUAGUACGGAAAUGGCCGGACUUGGAUUGGAGUUGACCCUGGGGCUUGAGCCCUUGUCGCGUGCAAGUCACGUGGUGCCCGUGAAGAAAAGGAAACUCGAGGCUUAUGGCUAUGGGUCGUCUGACGAUGAAUCGUGUAAGAUAGAGCUGGGAUUAGACUGUCCGGCUCGUCACUAAAAAUAAACAAAAAAGAAAAUGUGACUAAUGUAAGAAGGUCCAGUUUUGGCGGCUCAGCUUGAUCCAUCGGCCCUUGUUUAGAAGAGGAGUCAGUUUUUUUAUUUUUGGCUUUGUUUUAUGUUUUUUUCUUUUUUUUUGGGACCCUUUAUGGUAAAAAAAAUAGAGGUGUACAAAUUUGGUUUUUACAUGAGUAGACAUGGCAAAUCAAUAGAGGGAUCUUGUUUUUAACUGUCA